AUCACUGGUCAUAGGCUACUGGGCUGAUACGACAAACGUUUUGUCACCAACUCAUCUUUUUUCCUCCUAGAGCCUCAGUCGUGGCCCAACUGUGCACAAUGAAUUAUCUCAAGAUAGUGUGCUUGCAAUUAUUUAUCGGACUUGCAAUUUGUGAGCCGUAUAUAGGAUAUCCAGAUAGAACAAACAGCCUAGAUAACCAAAAUGGAACAAUAACAGAUACUACAGACGUGACCACAAUCAAAGAAAAAGUGCAAAUCAAAGUGUAUUAUGAGAGUUUGUGUCCGUUCAGUGCUCAGUUCUUCGUGUCACAGCUGAAGCCUACAAUGGAGAGGCUAGGCCCACAUUUAGACAUACAUUUAAUACCCUACGGACACGCCAAGACUCGUCGUGUGAAGAGUGCAUAUAAGUUUACUUGUCAGCACGGGGUACCAGAAUGUUUCGGCAACACGGUGCAAGCUUGCGCUAUUGAUGUCCUUCGGAAUAUCACGCGAGCAGUCUCCUUCAACGCCUGCAUCUUACAGAACACUUCGUACCGGAGCGGAUAUCAAUACUUCAUUACUGUAUUCCAUUGGUGCGGCUCCCAGCACAACGUAGAUAUUCAAACAAUAUGGAGGUGUGUACACAGCGACCACGGCUCUAUACUUGUGAAGAGAUAUGGGGACGAGACACACGCCCUGGCUCCAUCCUUCGUCCCAUUCGUGACGAUAGAUGACUCCACGCAAUACCAGGAUGCUGCCUUAACCAACUUGUACAGCACAGUCUGCAAACUCCUCAGGCCAACGCCAAGAGAAUGCCCGCUUUAAUUAGAUGUAGACUUUAUUUAUUUUUCUAGUUAGACUACAGAUGUAUAUACUAUUAUAUGAAUGACUAGUUGAA